ACCACCGUCGCGACAUCCGCUCUUCACACCAUAAAACAGCAGGCACAAUGAAGCGAGGAUCCGGUGGAGCGGUGGUCGUGGCUGUUGCAGCCCUGCUAGUGUGCUGCAGCGCAGACCCUCACCAGGAUCAAGACCUGAGUGCUGGUGAACACAAUUCUGCAGACCGUUACGACGCGAACGGUCACAAGACGCGGAACCUGGACCCACUAGGCGGAGGGCAUCUGAUCCGGCAGGUGCGGGAAGUGAGUCACUUCCCCGGGUUACUUCCCUACAUGGCUGCGCGACGACAUAACAGUUUGUACGAGAAUGAUCCGUUUGCCGACUAUGCCGGAUAUUACGACCUGCAAAAGAGAAACUUCGACGAAAUCGACCGGUCGGAACUGAACCCAUUCAUCGGCAAGCGGAACUUCGACGAAAUCGACCAGACAUCGAUGCCAUUCCCGUAUGCCACAAAGCGUUUCUACCACCUGUACGGGAACAACUACCUAGACUAUCCAGUCGAGGGGUUCAGGUCGAGUUCCGACAAGAAGCGACUGCGGCCCGACUACCCAAUGGACGAGAUUGAUCUCUCUCACUUCCCCAUCGGCUCCAAACGAUCUUCCGAUAGCUUCGACCGCUGGACUCUGGUGAACAAGAGGCGGCAGGCCGGUGGUAUGGAUGAGAUCGACGCUUCGCAUUUCCCCGUGGGCUCCAGACGGUCAGACCUGAAGAAAAGACUGCAAGCUGGUGGCAUGGAUGAAAUCGACGCGUCGCACUUCCCCCUCGGCUCUCGGCGAUCACUUGCCCGUCGCUAGACCACCCACCCUACGCUUAAUAGCUCUUAUUUACUACUGAUCUUCACUGGUACGUUUUACAAAUGCGACUUCAUGCGAUUCUUCUGUUAUCGAAAUUAUAAAUUCCUAUCUGUGUCACUCUUUUUUAAAUUACAUGACACUAUUUAUCUAUCCAUAUAGUGCAGUUAAUCUCUUUAUCAGUGUUUUAGGACGUUCUCCCUUACCUCUCACCAUUUACCUAAGCUUAUGUUAAGAGGCGUAAUGUUUUCCAGUUCCCCUUAUUUCGCGUCUUAACGAAUCUCUGGUAACAUCAAGCUUAAGCUAAAGCAUUAAGGUUAUUUCCAGACUUAUCUCUCUAAGACUUUGGAUUAAAACAUCAACAGCUAAGUUAUUUAACAGCUAGGUACUUACUAAUCUUACGACCCGUAACUUAACACAUUUCGAAACUAUGUAUGUUGUUUUAAUCAAUAAUGAAGCACACCCUACAUCCACAAAAUUUCCUUCUCAGUAAUUUAACUUUAGGAAUGAUAAUUGAUAUCGAAAUGACUCUAACCAUUUAAAUUAUUGAGAUAUUUCAGUAAUUUUUAAAUUAAAAAAAUAUUUCAUCCGAACAAACAUUUACCAGAGGGAGAAUUCUUUUAUUGAACCUCGAUUGUCAGUAGUAGACAGUCCUUAGCAAGGGAUGUUCGAGAAGAUCUGACAAGAUACAUUCAGAGGAAAAUGUUUCCGAAAUUGGUUCUCGUUCGCGGUACUACGUUAGGUAUAAGUCUGUAGUGUAAAUUUUCCAAAUAUUAAAUCUAUCAUAGAUAACUUAUUAUAAGGAGGGAGAGGUUUAAAUACUUUAUCUCAAUGUUAUAGAUAUUAAUUGACGUAAUUAUUAUAGUAUUGUACCUGUAAAUUUA